GGAGGAGGGCUGUGUUUCCAGCAUAUUGCUUUAAAUUCGAACAUACUUGAUUUCUCUGACUUCUGAAAAAAGACUUCCCUCAGAAACACUCCGGCUUAAUCGCAGUCAUAAGCAUACGUGAGCGUAUGGAAAGCUGCGUUAAACCCAGGAAUGCAUGGACUAUAGGCAGUACUGUGACCUGAGCAGCACGGACGAGGAGGACAUGACAGACCUGAUGGCCGGCCAGGCGGCCACCAAACACGGCGGUCUAGCCCAGAACGGCGAGCUGCCCUUCUACGCCCUGCCGCGCGCCAAGAAAACCUCCGCCGAGAUCAUCCAUGAGGCGCGGGCGGCACUGGGCGACGGCAGGGCCGUGGUACGCACGGUGGACACGACUCGGCCGUUCACGCCGCGGGACCGGCAGCGCACGCUGUUCGGCACGGCUCAGAGCUCGACCGGCUCGGCCCGGCCCACCAGCGCCUUCAGUAUGAACAGCCUGAGCUUCGACACCAGCGACUCGCGGCCGGUGUCAGGCGUCCGGCUGGUGCCACUCAACACGCGCGGCUUCUGCAAGACGGCCUCGCCGCGCCAGGAGUCGUCCGACGGCGUCACCUUCCCCUCGCUGCCCGAUGCAGUCGGCCGGCCCGGCAGCUACCACCUGCCGUCGCUGACCGGACACGAGCGGCUCAAUCGACGCCAGUUCCGGGCCGCUUCCCUCGACAAGCUGCCGGAGGAGGGCGAGGAGCUGAUGGCAGCGGCGCUCAGCUCGCGCAACGCCCACAGCGGACCGCGCGAGCGCACGCGGGCGACGCUGGAGCCGAGCCCGCGGCCUGCGCACACGCUGCCCGGGCUGGCGCGACCCGGCGAGCCCAUCACGGUCCAGCGCCGCAUCGUGGAGCACCGGCUGGAGCUGGUGCUGUCGCAGCCCGAGGACGCCGGCGACCUCCACCUCAGCGACCUGGAGAGCAGCCAGCGGCUGCCCACCGAGUUCUCGCGGCGACCGGCGGUCGACGCCGAGCCGGAGCCGACCGACGACUUCGGCUGGUCGCUGUUCCGCAAGAAGCGCGGCAUCCCUCAGGCGACUGGAGCACGGCCGGCCACCAAGGUGGUGCCGCCGGACAUAGCGUACGCCGAGAGCCGGCCGGGCAGCGCCGUCAGCGAUGCCGGCGACGCCGAGCCGCGCUCCCAGGAGCAGCAGAUCCUGGCGUUGCUGGCGCGACUCACGCAGAUGGCUGACGACGGCGCCGACAACGAAGAGGUGCUGACAUCUGUCGUCGACCUUUACCAACUGCUCGCGGAAACCAAGCACCUGGGGCGCAGCUCGCCGCAUCGCAUCGCCGCGCUGAAGACCAUCUUCCGGUUUGUGGACCGGCAGCACUCUAGGCUGCUAGUCCACAUAUCGCGGACCAUCCUGGCGCUUCUCGUCAGCGGCAAGAACUUGAUUAAUGUUUGCAAGCUGGUUUUCAAAGUUGCGCAGGAAGAUCAGAAUGAUUCACUCUUCCUGGAGGGCAAUAUUUUAGAGCACCUGCUGGAGACGGUCGGCCGCAGUAGCCCGCUGGAGGACGGCGAGGCCUGCGUCUACAGCUACGGCGCGCUCAAGUUCCUCACCAUGAACGCCACGCUGGUGUCGCGGCUGAUGAACCUCGGCAUCCUCGACCUGGUUGUGCUGCACAUGAAGCUCAUCACCACCAAGAAACUGGAGAGUAAGCGGGUGUCAGAGCAGACGGGCCACGCACUGUACCAGCUGACGGGCGUGCUGCGCAACCUGGCCAACGUAGAGGCGACACUGCCACAGCUGGUGUCGUCCGGCGCCACCCGCGAGAUCUGCAGCGUGCUGGCGCUGUUCUCGGCAGACAUGGACGUCAUCUCUAACGUGGCCCGCAUAUUGAGCAUCAUCUCGACGCACGACGCGUGCUGCGAGCAGCUGGUCAGCAGCGACCUCAGCUUCCGCGCCUGCAUCAAGGUGCUCAAGAAGUACCCCGGCGCCAACGCCAUCGUGGUGCGCCUCGGCUACGCGCUCGGCAACCUCAUGGCCCGCUCCGAGCCGGCCCGGGUCAAGUUCUUCAAGGAGGCCGACGCCCUGGACACGCUGCUGCACCUGCUGGAGCUCGGCACGCCGGAGGACGUCAUCGUCAAGCUGGUGCGUGUGGUGGCCAACAUGGUGAUCAACGAGGAGGUGGGGUCGGUGGUGUCCGGCUCGGCCGCGUGCCUCAGCGUGCUGCUCGGCGUCCUCCGCACACAUAGUGUGGACGAGCACGAGGAGCUGGUGCUGUCGUCGCUCUCGAUGCUCAACAACCUGACCUUCUACGCCACCGAGGAGAGCGUGGUGUUCGAACGCCAGGCCGAGGUCACGCACUGCCUGUGCGGAAUGCUGAGGCACGAGCACACCGAGUGUCAGAUCGAGGUACUUCGAGUGUUUGGAAAUCUCACCAGGUGGCCAGCCGUCAGGGAGGCUCUCGCCGACAGACAAGUGGUAUCGCGGCUGGCCGGCCUGCUCGACUCGGACAACCGCGAGCUGGUGUACACCACCGUGGGCGUGCUGAUCAACCUGAUGACAGACCCCGGAAAGCGACAAGAUUUUACCAGCUUCGGCGGCAUCGACAAGCUGGUGCUGGUGCUGGAGGACUUCGGCUACAGCGACUGGCAGCUGGCGGCGCUCGUCUGCAAGGUGCUGUGGAACCUGGGCGCCGACACGGACGACGUGGGCCAGGUCUUCUCCGAGCAGCAGGCCGACCAGCUGGCGGUCGUGCUGGACGAGUACCUCGCCGAGGAGCAGCAGAUCGCCACCAUGCUGCGGCCCCUCUGGGAGGAGUUCGCCGACGUGGCCGCCAGCCUCCUGGAGAAGCUGGACGAGUCGCUGGACGCCGCCGCCGCCGCCGCCGCUGCGCCCACUGAGCACACCAAGACCGCCUAG